UCACUAUUCCCCACGUUAGAAAGUUGCGUUAUUUUUGUCUGUCCUGUAUAGCAAACCAAAAGACGCGGAAUAAUUGCUAAUUCCUAGAUGUCCGCUUUGAAAUCGCUUCUAUAGAAAUUCAUUGAGAAUUUUCAAACCCUCUAAAAGCUGUGAAAGCGUAAAAUAAGUGCAGCGCUGAUUAGCUGACUUCCGAUAGCUUAAGGUGAUCAACGUCAAAACCAUUGUUCCAAAUCCACAAUGGAAACCAAUUCGAAAAAGAUGUCGGACUGUGAUUCAGAUACGAAAACUACGUCGGAUGACGAUUAUGAGCUCAAUGAUUCCUUCUGUUCAGACAUAGAGGAAGACGGUGAGACCGACAAUGUGGAACCGAAAACCCCCGAUCCUGAGCAUUUCGAGUACGAGUGCCUCAAUGAGGAGGAAACCGAUCAUUUCCUUAACGAAACUGCUGUGGGGCUCAGUGAGCAUCUGCCAAUCAGUCCAUCCUCGACGAAGGUGCUGCUGCAGCAGAAUAAAUGGAAUGCCGCCGACGUUUUGGAAAAGUUUUACAACAACGCAUCAAAUCAUGCGGUCAGCGAACGCAUCGAAGCAGCAACAACGGCAAUUGCAUCCAUGUCCAUCUCAUCGGCCCCCACGAUGAUACAGCAAAAUGAUGAGAGCGGAGAAAAUGCUUCAUCCAAUGGUGAACCGGAAAUCGUCACACCAUCUCAUACCUGCCCUGUAUGCACUGACGUCCAAGCGGUGGAGAAGUUUCAUAGUCUUCCAUGCCAACACUCGUUUUGUCAAGACUGUUGGACGAUGCAUUUCUCAAUUCAAAUUAAGCAAGGAAUAACAACCAAAAUCGGUUGCAUGGAGCAGCAAUGCAAAAUUCGCGCACCGGAAGACUUUGUACUCAACCUGCUGGAUGAGCCGACGCGUGAGCGAUAUCAGCGGUUUGCUUUUGUCGAAUACGUGAAAUCACACCCGGAGCUGCGGUUUUGUACCGGUCCCAACUGCAAGAUUAUUAUACGCAGCACGGAUAUAAGUGCCAAAAAGGCUACUUGCAAUUCCUGCAAAUCUGCAUUCUGUUUCAAAUGUGGAUCAAUUUAUCAUGCCCCCAUGGGUUGUCAAAUGCUUCGCGAGUGGCUCGCAAAAUGUGAAGAACAUGAGAAUGCACCAAAGUUUAAAUUCACCCACAAAACCUGCAAAUACUGCCCCAAGUGUCACGUAUCCAUUGAAAAAAUCGGUGGCUGUAAUUUAAUGAUUUGUUCCAACUGUGGCUGCUAUUUUUGUUGGUUAUGCACAAAGAGCUUGGAAUCACACGUCAUGGGACCGUUUACGUGUUCCCGAUACAAUGAGAUUUUUAAUAUCAAUCACAAAACGAUGCACAUCCAUAAUGAAAUGUUAAGAAAAUUCCUCCACUACUAUAACCGUUGGAGGAGUCAUUCAAAGUCGCUCCAACAGGAACAGCAAACAUUGAAUAUCCUUACGGCUCGUAUCAACGAGGAAGUGGCGAAGACUCGCAAACCCCUGAGCGAUUGGCAGUAUCUAUUUGAUGGUGCUGCUCUGCUCGCUAACUGUAGGUAUACACUCCAAUACACCUACCCUUACGCUUACUACAUGGAAACUGGUCCGCGGAAGGAUCUCUUUGAGUACCAACAGAGUCAACUCGAGGCGGAGAUUGAAAAUUUGUCGUGGAAAAUUGAACAUUCGGAAACGGCAAACCGCGCUGAUUUCGAGAAACAAAUGAUCAUUGCUGAGAAGCGGAGGACCAUAUUGCUGAAAGAUUUCUUCGCAAACGACGAGUGAGAGACUUGCAAGGGAAUGGGAGCUAUCAACCCUAAUUAUAACAAAAGAAAAAACGACGAGGAAUCUCUGACGAUAAUUAUUCUACUUCUUGUGAGGAAUUGACGAAUUGAAUUAUUUGAAUUCAUUCUAUCAUAACAUAAGUAAUAUGAAACGUUUCAUACGCUGAUUUCAUACAAUAAAAAUCUGGUUCAAUAAAGGAUUGGCAGAAAUGAUUCUAU